AUGAAGGCGACUAUGAACGAAAUCAGAGCCAUUGUGGAUCAGCAGGCUGCGGCACGGUUACAGCAACAGCAGCAGAAACAACAAGAACUGCAGACUAGAAUGAAUCAGAUUAAGAGCGAUAUAAUGGCUCGAAAGGAUGAUCUAGACGUUCUUGAACAAGAAUUGCGAGACAAAUAUGCACAGUACCAACAGAAGCAGCUUGAGCUGAAGCAGUACGUUACGAAUGCGCUGUUGGAGAGCGUCAAAGCGUCUGUGGUGAUGGAUCUAGGAAAUAAGAUACAAGACACUCUUGAUAGGAAGGCCUUGCAGCAAGUUUUAUCAGAAAAUCGGACACUCUUGAAUGGAACAAUGGCAGCUCCAAAGGCAACCGUUUUAGAUGAGUAA